AUGAGAGACAAGCUGGCCUUGUGCGUUCACAUUCCGUGCGUGCACCUUUGCUGCGUACUCUCCUCGGCUAAGCCGUUGAGCUGUGCUUCGAGAAGUGCUAGGAGGCGUUCGAUUGGCUCUCUUACACGGUCUCAAGACUGUAUCGAUCAUUCGCCAUGUUUUAUAGGUAUCCGGCAGAACAGACGUCCUACAAGCCUGGCAGUGUGCCUGAUGCAUAACUGCGUGCUCGACCAGAACUGUUGCUCCUCGUUCCGUCCGUCUUGGGCCGAGGGGAGUACACGUGCAGCUCGGACGUUCGCUCCAAGACGUACGUCGAAGACUAGACAAUGUAUAGUGCGGUUGACUCCGAUCCGAGGCGCUACGCGGCGGUGGACUUGUGGUGGACCUCCUGAACCCGUCGCCGCCUUUCUGCUUCUGCCUCAUGCUCUAGCUCUUCUCGUCUAA